ACACAUACACACGCAGCGCCAUUUGCUUCAGACCCACGUGUGUUGUGCGCUCAACAGCGUGUUAUGAGUCCAUAUCGGAAUAAAUAAUAAUAUAUUUAUGAUAUUAAUAAAUAAUCAUCAUGCCGAAGGUGAAGAAGAGUAAGUCCGGACCGGUGCGCAGCGGUGCUGGUGCUGGUGCUGGUGUGUCUUUGGCGGAUCAGAUCCUGCAGGGAGAUUCGGUUCGGAUCAGCGGCCGUGUGAAGAACCGGAGCCGAACCCAUGAUGAAGAGCAGGAGUAUGUGGACGAGAAACUGUCCAGAAAGAUCCUCCAACAGGCUCGAAUCCAACAGGACGAACUGCAGACUGAGUUGGGACUCACACCAGAGACCAAGAGACAACCAGCUACUCAACUAGGUCCGAGCACACAGGAUGGAAACUCUGAUGAAGAGUGGCCAGCGUUGGGUGAAGCUGCUGAAGAGUCGAGCGCUGAGGUUCACGUGGACCCUGAAGAUGAGAGAGCCAUCCAGAUGUUUAUGAACAAGAACCCACCUGUCAGGCGUACGCUAGCGGACAUCAUCAUGGAGAAGAUCACAGAGAAACAGACUGAGGUGGGCACUGUGAUGUCAGAGGUGUCGGGUCGACCCGUCCCUCAGCUGGACCCCAGAGUCACAGAGGUGUACAGAGGAGUCAACAAGGUUUUGUCAAAGUAUCGCAGUGGAAAACUUCCCAAAGCAUUUAAAAUCAUUCCAGCACUGUCAAACUGGGAGCAGAUCCUGUAUCUCACCGAACCCGAGACAUGGACUGCUGCGGCGAUGUAUCAGGCCACGAGGAUUUUCUCAUCUAAUCUAAAGGAGCGCAUGGCUCAACGCUUCUAUAAUCUGGUGCUGUUGCCCAGAAUUCGUGACGACAUCGCCGAGUACAAACGGCUGAACUUUCACCUGUACAGCGCUCUAAAGAAAGCUCUGUUUAAACCUGGAGCGUGGUUUAAAGGAAUUCUGCUGCCGCUGUGUGAAUCGGGCACCUGCACACUAAGAGAAGCCAUCAUCAUCGGCAGCAUACUGACUAAAUGCUCCAUACCUGUGCUGCACUCCAGUGCUGCUAUGCUGAAAUUGGCAGAGAUGGAAUAUAACGGAGCCAACAGCAUUUUCCUGCGUCUGUUACUGGAUAAGAAAUACGCCCUGCCCUUCCGUGUGCUGGACGCUCUGGUCGCCCACUUCCUGACGUUCCGCACUGAGAAACGGACUCUGCCGGUGCUGUGGCAUCAGAGCUUACUGACGCUGGUUCAGCGUUAUAAAGCCGAUCUGCCCUCCGAACAGAAGGAGGCGCUGUUAGAACUGCUGAAGAUUCAAACGCACCCGCAGAUUUCCGCCGAAAUCAGACGAGAACUGCACAACGCCGAGACGCGAGACCUGGAAGACGCUACGCCCGCCAUGAACGUCGACUGACAGACUGUAGCCACAACUUAAAUAUACAAACACAAAAUUAUUUGCUUUAUUUGGUCACUGAUUACGUGAUGGAAUCUGGAUAUUUGCUAUAUGUGUCGCAGGAAGUGAUGCAAUAUUCAUAUUUUUGGACUAAGCCCAGCUUUUGUUGUAUUUACGGGGUAAUAAAAUCGUAUUGUAUGAAGUUCAGGCCUGCUUGUUUAUUAUUUAAGGAAUCAUACAGGUAUUUAAGGUGAUUUGUUGAGUUUGUUUGAAUGUAAAAUACUUUCUCAUAUCCCAGAAUAAUAUGCCGAUUGAACUGUGAGCCGUUUGUAGACCAUGUUGUAGUCAUUCACGUGCACUAAUGGCAGGAUUUGUGUGCAUUGUCCCAGCGGUGUGUGAAGAUCUGAUAGUAUGGACACAUCAGCAGAUUUUUUUGGCCUGCAGCUUCAGUUGAUCCUGGACUUUGUUGGCUGGAUAAGCUAGGAGCUGCGUUUGCCAACAUAUUAGCUUAAUCAGGAAGAUUUCCUUGGUUAACCAGCAUUAACAGAAACAAACAUGGUCAUCCAGCUUCAAUAGUUAAGUUUUGCUGGUGAACAACAUGGCGAUGAUGGUCCACCAGCCUAGACCAGCACCAAACCAGCCUAGACCAGCACCAAACCAGCUUAGACCGGGGCCUGUGUUAAGGCUAUGGUAGACAUUUUCCUGCGUGCCGUUUACUCUUUUGACCAUGAGCCAAAUUGCAAUUGUUCGGAGCAUGCGCACUACGUCAGCUUUGUGAUUAGCGCAUUCAGUCUGCGCGUCCUGUGCUAACCACAAAUUUUUCAUCUAGUGUACUGUGGGCGAGACGUAGAGGCACAUGGUUUAGCACAAUCAAUGGUAGUUGCAGACAACGCCAAAGAUGCGGACGUUGGUCAAAGGCGCGGACGAUGUUGUGCAGCAUAGUUUUUCUAGACAUGCGGACAGUCCGCGUCUUUGUGCAAUGUCUGCACCUACCAUUGACUGUGAAAAACCAUGUGCCGCUACGUCUCGGGCACAGUACAUGAUGCAAAUUUUGUGGCAGUCUGCGUUUACUGCGUUGACGGCGCAGAUGACACGCAAAGAUGUGGACUGUCCAAGUGUCUUGAAAAACUGCAUGCGGACAGUCUGCAGGUACCGUGCUAAUAAUGAAUUUUGCAUCACGUACUGCGUAUGAGACGUAGCGGCAUGUGGUUUAGCAUAGUUAACGGCAGGUGUAGACGACGCGCAAAGACGUGGCCUGUCCAAGUGUCUUGAAAAACUGCAUGAGGACAGUCCGGGGAUCCUGUGCUAAUUACGAAUUUUGCAUCACGUGUACUGCACGUGAGAUGCAGCGGCAUGUGGUUUAGCAUGGUCGACGGCAGAUGUAUAUGAUGCGCAAAGACGCGGACUGUCCAAGUGUCUUGAGAAACUGCAUGCUGACAUUCCGCGGGUACUGUGCUAAUUACGAAUUUUGCAUCAUGUGUACUGCACGUGAGAUGCAGCGGCAUGUGGUUUAGCAUGGUCGACGGCAGAUGUAUAUGACGCGCAAAGACGCGGACUGUCCAAGUGUCUUGAAAAACUGCAUGCGGACAGUCCGCGGGUCCUGUGCUAAUAACGAAUUUUGCAUUACGUACUGCGUGUGAGACGUAGAGGCACACGGUUAAGCAUGGAGAACGGCAGGUGUAGACGACGCGCAAAGAUGCGGACUGUCCAAGUGUCUUGAAAAACUGCAUGCGGACAGUCCACAGGUACUGUGCUAAUAACGAAUUUUGCAUUACGUGUACUGCACGUGAGAUGCAGCGGCACACGGUUUAGCAUGGUCAACGGCAGGUGUAGAUGACGCGCAAAGACGCGGACAGUCCAAGUGUCUUGAGAAACUGCAUGCUGACAGUCUGCAGGUCCUGUGCUAAUUACGAAUGUUGCAUCACGUGCACUACGAGACAUAGCGGCACGUGGUUUAGUAUGGUCAAUGGCAGCUGUAUAUGACGCGGACUGUCCAAGUGUCUUGAGAAACUGCAUGCGGACAGUCCGUGGGUACUGUGCUAAUUACGCAUUUUGCAUCACGUGUACUGUGCGCAACACGUAGUGGCACGUGUUUUAGCGUAUUCAACGGCUGGUGUAGAUGACGCGCAAAAAUGCAAACUGUCCAAGUGUCUUGAAGAACUGCAUGCAGACAGUCCGCAGGUCUGUGCUAAUGACGAAUUUAGUGUCACGUGUACUGUACACGAGGCGUAGCGGCACGUGGUUUAGCAUGGCCAACGGCAGGUGACAAACUUUAACAUUUGGAUUACUGUGGUGUAUUGAACAUGACUUAUGUUGAUUUAAAAAUCAACAAUGUUAAAUUAGUUAGAUGGCUGACAUGGAUAAUGCUUUUCUGAAAUUGCAACAAUGAUUUGUGAUCGUAUUCGAGUAUCAGUUUGAAUUGGUCAACUCGUGGAGUUUAAAGAUAUCUAUAUAAUUUACACUUAAUUUGCAAAGGUUUAGCCCUAAAAUCUGAUCUGAUUAUUGGGUGAUGUGUGUGUUUGUUUCAGAGUUACGGUUCUCAGUCUUCGUCUACGGUGACGUGUUCAUGUGUGAUCAGACGUUAAACACUGAAGAUCUCCUGCAGCUCACGAGGAACAUCUUAUAUGUGGACGCGUUGAGAACUCAUCUGACAUUACCAUUUACUAGAACAAAACUUUAAGAGUUCCAACGAGUAACUUGAACUACACAUUGCCAUAUAAACACGAGUUGGAUGACAUGA